CUCAACUACUACCACUACUACACAUCCACCACCAGCACAACGAUGCCGUUCUUCAGUCACAAGUUUAACUUUUCUGCUUCUACCACCACGCUCAGCUCCACCGUAUCGACGCCGAGCAACGCAUCCACCACCUCGCUCUUGAAGCAGUCGCGUCCUGAGAAGGACUAUUUCACUGCAUCUGGCACGCUCCAAAGCUUGUAUGGCUUCGGCGGUGCCGCGCCAACUCUGCCCACGAUGGCUAAGCCCUCCAAGUCGACCAAGUCUAAGUCGGCUAGCGAGAAGGCAACCACUGCUAAGACGAGCACUCGUGGCCAAGAGAAGGAUUUCGAGGCUGCGUACGGUGCCUUGAGCUCAAUGUACGGCUUCGGUGGUGCUGCUAUCGCCCCCACUCCUGUUCGUUCGACUUCAAAGUGAACGUGCUCCGCCAAGGUCACAAUCAGUCUGUAAACAGGCAAAUCUUACGGUUAGACCUGGUUAUACCCAAUUAUUCGUGGCGCAUACCGCGAUGGGCAGACUUAUGUGGAUCGUCUCGGGGACGCUACCUUGCGCGGUUAGUCCGCGACGCACAUCCCUAGCCGCUGUGUCUCGUCGGAGCACACGCUGUUUGAACCAGAAGGAAGAAAGGGUCGGAUGUCCAGAGAGUGCGAAAUGGAGUCGUAGGGGGCUUUCGCUUUCAAAAUUUGCACCUGUCGAUCCUCAUCUUCCAUAAUCACCUACGUACUCGGCCAUCCCAGGCUCCGUCUCUCCACGAGUUCUAUCUGUUUACGUUGAUAGCCUUCAUUCUUUGUUUCGCUGCAUUGGCAUCUCUUUCCAUGGCAUGCUUUGACCACUCUAUUUUAAGUGACAAAUAUAUUAUUGUAUCGUUUUGUCUCUC